AUGGGAACACGCCUUCGCAAUGUCAACUUGCUGCAAGCGAUCAGACCAGACAAAUUGGAACAUUCCCUGCCUCCUACCGAAAUAAGCAUAAGCGGGGCAGCUGUACUCCUUUGCAUUGAAGGCUUCCGAACAAGUCAUCCAUUCUCCUCCUUUCCCCCCUCAGUCAAAACCUCUUCACCAAAACCUAUUGAUAAGGCUCGGAAGCGCACCAUCCCGACUGAUCUCCUCCUAGCACUAUUAAAGAGUGCCUUACCACUCUUCCCUGAAGAUUAUCAUAUCCGCCACCCCGAACGUGGAUAUUUUCCUGAACUGCUUCCUGUUAAUGAGGCUUAUGAGCGCACUAUCCCGACUGAUCUCCUCCUAGCACUAUUGAAGGGUGCCCUACCACUCUUCCCUGGUCUGAAGAUAGUCAUCAUAUCCGCCCCAAGGCGCACCAUCCCGACUGGCACUAUUGAAGCGUGCCCUACCACUCUUUCCUGGUCUGAAGAUAGUCAUCACAUCCGCCACCCCGAAGGUGGAUGUUUUCCUGAACUGCUUCCUAUUGAAGAGGCCCAUAAGCGCAUCAUCCCGACUGAUCUGCUUCUGGCACAAUUGGAGUACGGAGUAUGCCUUACCACAUUCCCCUGA